AAACUGAUACUGAAACGAUUGCAACGAUUUUAUGACGAGUCUUUCAUUUUUAGUAUAUUUUACUUUUUACUUAUUAUUAAGAUAUUAUUUCGUUAUAUAAUAAUAUAAACUAUAACCUGUUCGUGAUGCUUUUAGGCUAUUCAAAAUGGUCAAACGCUGUGCGCUAUGCGGAAUUGUGGACAACAUUGCGGACGUUUCCAUACACAAAUUUCCAAGUGCCGUACAUCGUCGUCGUGAGUGGGUGACAUUUGUGGAGGACCAAGGUUUUCACGUGACCCUGUGUUCCAGGCUGUGUUCCAGGCAUUUCGUCCCCGGUGUUGACUACGCUGUGGGAAACGUGGAGCGCCGCCGCCUGACAACAACAGCAGUGCCAUCUCUGGUGAGUGUAUACUAUGACUCCAUGACUCUAUACAUGUCUGGCUGGACUUCAGUAAUUACGCUUUGUCAGUAAUACUGUUGUGUACUCUCAUGAGCUUAAUGUACCUACUAUAUGUAUGAUAGCAAUCUAACUUUACUUUACUCAAUGCCAUAAUACAUAUAAGCUCACACAAGUAUACAACUAAACCUAAUAAAUAGGUACGCGCUAAGGUUUAAUAGUAUUUUUUUUUUUUUUUUGUUGGCCCACUUUUUAAAUAUCAUACUACUAUACUAUACUGGCUCGGUGCAACUUAUUAUAUUGUAAUUGUAUAGAAAUCAAAUUGUAGAAUAACUAAAUAUGUAUGAACACACAACCAUUAAAAGUUCAACUCACUGUAUUUUAACUUUUAUUAUGGGUAUUUAUAACCAAAGAACAAAAUACUUAAACGUUUUCUUACACAGUUUGCAAUAUUACUACUACUACUACUUACUACUGACCUAGGUCUACUCUCCUUUGAUUCCUAUGAUAUAUGACUCUUAUGGUUAAAAUUUGUUACAUGCUUAAUUAUUAUUCACUGUGCUCUUAGAUACAUAUUAUAUACAUAACUUACACUUUACUUUACUACUCAACUAUACAACAUUCUUGAAAACUAUUAUAAUUGUAGAAUAACUCAAUUGUACAACAAGUUAUUGUUGUUGGUUAACAUUCUGUUUACAUUGUACUCUUUUUUUUUUUUCGCUGUUUCAUUAAACACUGGGUAACACUGAUAUACAAAAUACUUAAACGUUUUCUUACACAUUUCUUGAUAUUACUACUACUGCUUACUACUGACCUAGGUCUACUCUCUUUUAUUUAUAAGUUGUGAACUAGAUAGGUAUUUUAUCAUUUCCAAUGACAAUAAUUAGUGUCUAUCCUACGGUUAAAAUUUGUUACAUGCUUAAUAAUUAUUCACUGUGCUCUUAGAUAUAUACAUAUAAUAAACAUUGUUUCUGCACAUAACUUAUACUUUACUUUACUACUAUAGUACCUAUACGACAUUCUUAAAAACGAAAUGUUGAUCAUAAAACUUUCAUUCAACUUAUUAUAUUAUAAUUUUAUAGAAAUGAAAUUGUAGAAUAACUUGAACAACAUUAAAUUGUGUUACUGCUGUUU